AUAAAGCCCUCCUCCUCGGCCAAGGUAGAGGAAGUUGGGCUCCCGCCUGGAUGGGAGGCGGGAGGGAACUCAGCUCCUGUUGUUUUCCGUCUGCGGGAGCGGGUGGCGGGCGCAGGGGGCGGGGUGCGCCCUCCCACCCCGGGCCGGGCGCUCGGGAGAGACAGUCGCGCUUGGAGCCUAGUGCAGCUCCUAGCCCCUGACAUCGGGCUCACCCCAAGCAUCCUUCCUGGGGGCUGCGGAAAGUGGAGCUACUCUGUCGUUCCGAGGACCUGGGAGGAGUACUGGGUACCCUUGGGGCUGAGCCCUGGGGGGCGCACACUCAGCCAAGCCGGACCUUGCGUUUCCCGAAGGGCCCCUGCCCGCAUCUGGGACGAGAUGGCCGCAGGCGUCCGGGCGUCCGAGUCCUGGGUUCUCGUCUGCUUCGGAGCGCUACUGGCCCGCUGGGUCUCCACAGGAUUGGAGGCUGUCAUCAUUGGAGAAAUUCAUGAGAACAUCACCCUGCACUGUGGCAACAUCUCGGGACCAAGGGGCCUCGUGACCUGGUGCCGCAAUGACUCGGAGUCGGCCUUCCUCUUGUCCUCCAACUCCAGCCUCCCACCAGCCCAGUCGCGCUUCUCUCUGGUGAAUGCCAGCUCCCUGCACAUCGAGGCGCUGAACCUGCAGGAUGAGGGGAACUACACCUGUUCUGAGGUCCUGAACAAGACUGAGACCCGGAGGUUCCAAGUGUGGCUGCAGGUGGCCAACGGCCCCUCGCAGGUUGAGGUCAACAUCUCCAGCACUGGCAGGCUCCCCAACGGCACCCGCUACGCCGCCAAGGGCUCCCAGGUGGACUUCAGCUGCAGCAGCAGAUCCCGGCCUCCGCCCGUGGUUGAGUGGUGGUUCCAGGCCCCAGAUUCCACCGCCGAGCUCUUUGGGAACAACCUGACCACCAGCUGCUUCACGCUGUUACUAAUGUCACAGAACUUGCAAGGGAACUACACCUGUUUGGCCAAAAACAUGCUCAGCGGGAGACAUCGAAAGGUGACCACCGAGCUCCUGGUCUACUCUCCCCCUCCGUCAGCCCCCCAGUGCUGGGCAGAAGUGUCACCAGGAUUGUUCUCACUGCAGCUCAACUGUCGCUGGGCUGGGGGAUACCCAGAGCCAGACUUCCUGUGGACAGAAGAGCCAGGAGGUGUGGUCGUGGGGACAUCGAAGCUGGGGGUGGAGAUGCUGAGCCAGUCCCAGCUGUCAGAUGGCAAGAAGUUCAAGUGUGUCGGGAGCCACAUAGUGGGGCCGGAGUUGGGAGCCAGCUGUGUGGUACAGAUCAGGAGCCCCUCCCUUCUCUCUGAGCCCAUGAAGACUUGCUUCGUGGGGGGCAAUGUGACGCUUAUCUGCCAGGUGUCUGGAGCCUACCCCCCUGCCAAGAUCCUGUGGCUGAGGAACCUCACCCAGCCCGAGGUGGUCAUCCAGCCCAGCGGCCACCACCUCAUCACCCAGAGUGGCCAGAGCUCCACCCUCACUAUUCACAACUGCUCCCAGGACCUGGACGAGGGCUACUAUGUCUGCCGGGCUGAGAACGCCGUGGGGGUGAGGGAGCUGGACGUCUGGCUGAGCGUGAAAGAACCUUUAAACAUCGGGGGAAUUGUGGCCACAGUCGUGAGCCUCCUUCUGCUGGGACUGGCCAUUAUCGCCGGGCUCCUGUUGUAUUACAGCCCCGUGUUCUGCUGGAAAGGAAGCACUUUCAGGAGGCAAGACAUGGGUGAUGUCAUGGUUUUGGUGGAUUCGGAAGAGGAAGAGAUGGAGGAGGAAGAAGACGCUGCAGAAGAGGAAGAGGAGGAAGCUAGUGAGAGGGAGGAGUCGCCAAUAGAAAUAACCAAGUAUGGCCACAUUCACAAAGUGACUGCGCUGGUGAACGGGAAUGUGGACCAGAUGGGCAAUGGACUGCAGGCUCUGCAGGAUGACAGCAGUGAGCAGCAUACUGACAUCAUUCAAGAAGAAGACAGGCCAGUGUGAAGAAGACAACUGUCCUUUGAUGUCUUGUCUCAAAAGCUUGGAAAGCUGUGUUCAAGAUGAAUUUCAUAUUCUGCUUUACUUGACUUGCACCCCUGCCUGAGGGCUGCAAAGGGUUUGGAGGUUCUCAGCAAAAUAGGAAAACAUAUAUACAUCUUUCCUACCCGCCCCCCCCCUUUUUUUUCUAAAUUGGUUUGAUUUACUGUAACUCUUCUCAGUGAUGGUGAAAAGCUUUUGGGAAUGGGUAGUGUAUGUGGGGAAAGCUCCAUUUGGGCUUUCUCCAGGUUGACUGAUGCUGAGAUGGGGAGCAGGAGUAGGGGAAGGCAGUAGGCCUCGCUGUCCUUUGUCACUAUUAAAGGUCUGUAACUAGCCCAUCCCAGUACACAAUGGAACAGUAUGGGGUGAUAAGGACAUUUCCUUUCUCACUGCCUAGGUGAGCUGAGGAACCAGGUGAACAUCAGCUCUCUGGAAAGGUGAAGAGGUGCCAGCUACUGCUGUUAAUCAGAAGGAGGCAGUUUGCUUUGGGAUUUGAGUUGGAAACACCCAGGCUUCAAUCUGGACCCGGCUCCUUGCCUGUUUCAUGGGCUUGGGCAGGUAGCUUUACCUUUUCCCCCUAGCCUCAAUUUCCUCAUCUGUGAAAUGGGUGAAAUCACACUUACUUUACAUCUCCUUUGCCUUCUCUAGUGGAAGGAAAAAAGAUGUCAGCUGUUCAGUUACAAACUGCUGCCUGGGCCUUUCAUUCUCUGUAGAAUGGUUCCAGACCAGGGCAUCAUCAGAGUUCACCUGUGGAUUUUUGCUCUCCUGGAGAUGAAAUUCCUUUCAAAAGAGAUAGGGGGCGAUAAGAGGAAAUGCCUUUCACCAGAACCUCACAUAUGUCAGAGCUUCAUAUUUAUAGAA